UGAGCCAUUCCAUGAUUCUGUAAUUGUAGAGGCCACUUCCUCUGCUAGGAGGGCAAGAUGAACAUCUGUGGUUGGGAAGAUGAGUAGUGUUUGUUAAUGUGCCACUCGUCAGCUCAACCUAAGGAUAGCUAGGCUAAUUUUCACUAUUGUUAAGGAAUUUAAUGUGUUCUUCUAAGGCUGAAUCAGUAGCUGGGAGAAAAUCUCAUGGAUUUAUUUGUGUCAAGGACUGUGAAUUCUGCCAUAGUAGUACUAUGUUGCAUGAUACACACCAGCCAGGAAACAAGUGUAAUGUUAUUUUGAGUAGCAGCUGAUUUGCAUGUCUCAGCUUCAGUUGUCAGCAGGUGUGGGUAAUAUGUUUUGCCAUUAUCAUGAGAAGUAAAGGGAGAAGUAGUCUUCCAUAAAAAGAGAAAAUGAAAUAGCAAGUUCUUUAAGUCAUUGCUCAGGAGACAUUUUUGCAGACUCUCCAUGCAGUCAUCCUGCUGAGUCACUAACACUGAAGUCCAAACAUGUUGGUGACAAAAUUUCUUUCAGUCAAGUCAAACACAAAUAAGUACUGCCCUUACUUCUGGUGGGACAUAGGAGAGGAGGAUGAAGUGAGAAUUUCCCAGUGAGCUCAGAAGGCUGGUCUAGAAGAAACUAAGAGCACAAAAAAGGAGUGAAGAAAAUGCACAGGUCAGAAGAUGGACAAGGAGGAUAGAGGAGAAAUGAAGAAAAAAUGGCAAGAAAGACUGAAGAAAGUGGAAGAACUAGCAUCUCACUAUGAAAGAAAUCCUCUUCCUACAGUUUAUAGACCAAGACUGUCCAAACCAUCUAUGCCAUCCUCUGUUUGGAAAAUAUUUUCUCGACAGGCUGAAGCAUUUAAUUAUGUGAAAGCCUGUGAUGAGGAUGUUCAUGUAUUUGCUUUGGAAAAGAACACACAGAGUGGACAGAGGUUUUACCUUGUGACAACAUAUGAAGAGCUUUGGCAUUAUUACACUCAAGGUUGCAAAACAAGUCUGAUGCAUUGCUAUGAAGUAAUUCCUGAAAAAGAAGCUUGCAAACUUUAUUUUGAUUUGGAGUUUUACAAACCAGCAAAUCCUGAUGCAGAUGGCAAGAGUAUGGUCAUGAAGUUAAUUGAGCUUGUCAGCCAAAAAUUAAAAGAAUUUUAUGAUGUAAAUUGUUCAUCAGAUGAUGUCUUGAACUUGGAUUCCAGUACUGAUGAAAAAUUUAGUCGGCACUUAAUUUUUCUGCCCCAAAAAACUGUGUUUAAGGAUAACACUCAUAUUGGUAACUUUGUGAGAACCAUUUUGCAGCCUGCCAUAAGAUUAAUGCAGAGUAGGGCUGCUGUGAUUGCAGCAGAAGAAGCAGGGAAUGUUUUCCAGUGUUCUGCAGGAGCUGGAUUAGAUGGUUCUCUUACAAACCUCCCAGCUGUUGAAGAUGAUUCUAAAGACAGGCCAGCCAUUGCUCAUGAAACAAAGGAUGUGGAAAUGCCACACCAAGGAGAAAAUUUGGAUUUUUCCUUCCUAAUAGUAAACGAUAAAGAAGGCAACAAGCAGCUUUUUGUGGAUCUAGGAGUUUAUACAAAGAAUAGAAAUUUCCGGAUGUAUAAGUCAUCAAAAGCAGGAAAAAAUGUGAUUCUGAAGAUAGCAGAGGAUAAUAAGUUCAUCCCCAACUGUGAAAAGGAUGUUUCCUUGGAAGAAGCAUAUUUUCUUUCCUCUUUAAUCUGCAACGUUGGAGCGAGUGAUGACAUAAAAGUUCUGUCUUCUGGCUUUUCAGAGGAGGAGAGAAAAAUGUCUGCUUUUUUAAACAGUAAAACUACCAGAAGCAGCAGAGAUCCCAUGGAAGGUUACCAGGGUUCGCCAUAUCCAGAAAUUGAUCAUUUUGUUCGUUCCUUGGUUAAUAAAGAUGGGCUGCAAGGAGGGAUAAGACAAUGGAGUUACUUCUCUCUCAAAGAACUACUUAUUUAUGAUAUUUCUGGUUACCGCUGGUGUGAAAAUAUUGGAAGAGCUCACAAAAGUAACAAUAUAAUGAUUCUGGUAGAUCUAAAGAACGAAGUCUGGUAUCAAAAGUGUCACGAUCCUGUCUGCAGAGAACAAAACUUCAAAUCACAAAGUUUCCCAUUGCCGCCUGGGAUAUGCCUCCCAUCUCUUUUCAAAGAGGAAGAAGAGUCCAUGCUAAUGGAGGACAGGGGGCACACAGAAGGAAAAGUACAGCCACAUUCUCAUGUGUCAGACUUGUCAAAAAGCUCAGUAUCUCCAGAGAACAGCUGGUCUCAGGACUUCCUGUUGUCAGACAGUGAGUGGGAAAACACAAGUGCUGAUGCCUGUUUCCUAGAAGCUGCUGAAGAUGUGGAACUAGCUGAAGCUGCAGAUGACAGUCUGAAUCAUGGCAUGGAAGAAAUCCCAGAUGAAGUUCUUUUGGAAGCCUUAGGGAAAGAAGACCUCCACGCUAAAGGCGGCAGCUGAGCACAGGCCUGGCCAGCAGUGAAUGACACUUGGGUGGCUCAUGCUGGUGUGAAAGGUCCUGCAGGGCGGUUCACAGGCACCCCCCAGAGCUGCAGGACAAGGAAUGGAGUGCCUAGUGAACUUCAGCAGGCGUGAGGAGAUCAUGGAAGGCUGCGUGGGGGCUGAAGGGAACGGGACUAGAAUACUCAUUAUGAAUGUGCUCCAAGCUCAGCACUUUUAACGCUCUUUGCUGCACAGUUUCUGUUUUGUUAGUUGUAUGUCCAAGUUUUAUUGAGAAGCCAACAAAGCAGAUUUCUUAUUUCCAUAAAAAAGAUUAAAUUAUUUAUCAAAUGCAAAUUUAAUAAACAUAUUUGUUUAUUCAUCUUUGUUGAACCAGAGUCUGUGUUCUCUUUAUGAAUAUAGUCUUCUCAAGAUUACUUUAAUAGGACAAUAUUAACA